AUGCUUGGAAUCAUGAACAAGGAACCCAACCAGUGCAAUAAUGGAGCGACUACCACAAUCCAAUCUCCUACCCCACGAAGAAGUGAGUUAUUAAUCAGCGACGAUAAUAGUAUUUUGAGCGGCAACGAAGUGCAGGUGCUAGCAAAGAGCUGCGAUCUUGAGGGAGGAGAACUAGGGUGGUUCAAGCUCGAACAGGCGCGGCCAGUAGUCGAACCUGGACGGCCAGCGUUUGCUAUCAGGCAAGAAAGAGAGCGAAGAGCGGAACUGGUGAUCAGAGCUGAUGCUUCCGCAAUUUCUCGAGCAGGAUCCAGCCCAUCAUACGUAAGUGCGUGA